GCGGAGCAGAAUCGCGCACCAACGUUGCCAAACUCGACUCGCCCACCCAACGCACCAGAACGACCUCCUAUUCUCGCUCUCUAUAUAGUUCUCACAUGGCGCGAGCGAGACCCGAUGCUACUAACCUCAGGGACUACUCCUUUACGUCGUCCCCGUACACAGUGCUGCUUCUCACUUCUACCAUGACGAAAUCGCUACCCACGGUACCUAACUUACUGUACAGCGACCGGACAAACCAUCCUCGCGGCCAAGCUGCCCUUCAUCCGCGCCAGCCGAUUGUCGCCGCUAGAAACGCGUUUGGAAAAACCACCGCAAAGUCAGCGCAAAGGGCCUUGAUUCUGGUGCCAUCAAUAUCCUUUGGACGGCAAUUUCGCGGCUCUGACGAGCAUGUUUACAUUUAUUCGUGGUAGCAAGCAGUAGCGGAGCUGGUCUACAGGAUGGGACUCUCACAAAUACCGCCGUAGUGGUGUGGUCGCCCACCGACAGUCAAGAGGCAGCACUGGCAUCGCUCAGCCGGGUACAUUUUGUAUGGUAGCAACCUCUAUGAGAGCGGAUAAGAUUCGAACAUUGAAGCGUGAGCUCUGCCAGAGGAACUCGUCAGCACUGUUCAAUGAUUGCGCAACGAAUGUGAGCAAUGGGUCGAUGCGAUGCGCUCGACCAGUCACGCGAACUCCUA